UGCCGGACACACGCACACGGUUUAUCAGCUGCACGUAGACUUGUACUUUUUGAAAUGUUGAAUAAGGACGGCUGUGAUUCUUUGGAGGGCUUGCAAAGCACAAUUGGCGAGAUGUUGGAUUUUAACGUCUCCCAGUCAUUGCGCGAAGGCAAUGCCACCAAUAAUUCCAGUUGUGGAUCCGUAUCAGUUGGUUUCCCCAUAACCAUGAUGAUCACCGGCAUGGUGGGCAACUCAUUAGCUCUCAUGCUGGUGUAUAUCUCGUACAAAAAGAAGGAAAAUAAAAGGAAACGGUCUUUCUUGCUCUGCAUUGGAUCGCUGGCAUUAACUGACCUUUUUGGACAGCUUUUGACAAGUCCAAUAGUUAUAUCAGUUUACCAAGCUGGUCUGAAAUGGGAUCUUAUCGACUCAUCGGGCAGAUUGUGCGCUUUUUUCGGUGUGUGCAUGACAACUUUUGGCCUGUGUUCUCUCUUUUUGUCUAGCGCCAUGGCAAUUGAAAGGGCUUUGGCGAUAACAAACCCCCACUGGUAUUCCAAUCACAUGAAGACAAGUGUGACAAAGCAGACUUUGGCUGUCAUAUGGUGUCUUGUUUUACUCUUUGCGCUGCUGCCCACUGCAGGGGUCGGUGAAUACACACACCAGUGGCCGGGCACCUGGUGCUUUAUCAGCACGGGGGACAGGAGCAAUAUGUUUUUCGCCAUCACUUUCGCUGUUCUUGGGAUUUUCUCACUGCUUGUUACACUUCUCUGCAAUAUAGUGACGAUCCGUGGCUUAAUUAUCCGGUGUAAAACAAAGUCUGGCACGUCUCAGUCUUCAAAGCAGUGGGAACGGCUGACCACGGAGACCGUCAUUCAACUGUUGGGGGUUAUGUGCGUCCUGCUGAUAUGCUGGUCUCCUCUGCUGGUGCUCAUGCUGAGGAUGAUCUCCAACCAGGUAUCCUCACACGACUGCAAAUCAAUCGCUAGCCGGAACGUCCAGUUAGAUUGCAACUUUUUUCUGACAGCGAUCCGCAUGGCCUCCCUCAACCAGAUUCUUGACCCGUGGGUUUAUCUGCUGCUCAGGGAGAUCCUCUUCCGCAAGUUUUGCAUCGUGGCUAAUGCAGUGUCCAACUGCUCCAUCGACGAACGGAAGGAGACCCAGUCGGCCUUGGAUGCCCUAAACAAGCAAAAGCAAGACAGCAUCAAACCUUCAUAAACCACAAUGUAGCUAAGUCAACCUUUGACAGGGAUUGCUAUCUUGUGACAUUGAAGUAGGGACACAUUGGAUGGAGGUGAAAAUGCAUAUUGUCUUGGAUGUGUCGUGAAAAACAUGGGGACAACCUUUAUCUCCAUGUCGUCCACAGAAGGAUAUUGUGCAAUGGGAGACAAGGUUAUAGUCUUAAUAGGAAGCAGCCAAGUCUGGUCUGGGCGCAUUUGUUUUGCUUAAAACAAAUUCCAUUUAAAGUCACCUAACCAGCAUAAGGAUGCAUGACCGUGUCACCUCUUGCAUUUGGCUGCAGCGUGGGGGCAAGGAAUCUCCUCAUUGCUAGUUUUCAGUUUUGAUAACAUCUUCCAGACCCAAAAACUGAACAUGGGUGACUCUAAAUUGACUUAAAUGGAAGUGAUGCAUCUCAUGCUCAUUUUAGUUUGUGAACUGAGUCAUUGCUUUUAACAACUUGCAGCCAUAAACUAGUUAAAGGAGAAGUUGUGUUUUUUUUGUGACUGUCUGUAAAUUAAGAAAUAAACUGUAAAUGUGCUUAUAUUAAGUGGUAAAUAGCAUUGCCAUAUCUUACAUGAAAUGUAACCAUGGUGGCCAUUCAAAAGAAAAAUGCUAAUCCUAAACUGGAGCCAGUUGUUGAUAAGAAGAUUAUUUAUUAGUGUCUGUAGUAAUAAGAAGUGAGUCGUUUCUGAAUGCUGACAAAGCUACCUGCUUGGUACCAACUGUUGUACAUUUUAUAAUAUACUGUACGUGGUGUUCCUCGGCGAGCAUGCCAGGACUAUAAAAUGUGAAGCUUUUAAUUUGUCUGCGCUCUCCCUCCUGAAUAUGAGUGCACUGGUAUAUUUUUGUGCAAAUGUUUCUCAGCAAUUUAUAGCUUCAAUUUCACUCUUAUGAAGAAUUGUGUGAGGGAAAUGAUUUGGUGUGUUUAACAUUAUGAGAUUAUGGAUAACAGAGUGACCUGAUACUUACAAGGCUGUCAAAGUGUCAUUGACAAAUCCCUGCGCAUUCCAUCGGAUUCAUAGUAUUCUUGUUCUGUUACAAUACACAGUGUGUAAUGACAAGUGUAUCUAAUUUCACCAGCCAAAUGUUUAUGGAGAGAAACAAACAUCAUUUGUGUAGUCUUUUGUCCAGUUACAUCAACAUAAGUAGAGAGAGCGGAGGUCUUUGGAUACGAGGCUGACGAGAAGAAAAAUAAUGGAAUGAAGGAAGCCAUGUCCAAACUGUACAAAUCACAAUUUAAAAAAGGUUUAAAAAAAAGCUUUUUUUGGCAUGCCUGAAACUGCUUGUUCAACAGCUCAACCCAAUAUAUGCGGCUUCACAAGCUAUCAUCAGUAUGUAGGCCUACAGUGUUAGGUAUUCACAUUAGUACACAGGGGCUGUAUCCGCAUGUUUAAACAUCUUUUUUAGCUACUGCACGAAUUCAUGCUUUUAAUUCUGGGGUGAUUGACUCGGACAUCUUGAUUGUGUCAUUUCGUAUUUAAAUGUUUGUUUCUUAUCAGCCACAUUGUGUCUUUGUAGCCUUGAUGCUACCUCUAAAUAUAAGUCAAAGUUCAUUUCUUUUGAAUGGGUACAGUGCAAUUCACCAGAGGUCUCAGAUUUGAAAUCAAGGUACUUUUCAAUGAGGUGAUUUGGUUUUAGUGCCAGAUGACAUAAUGUCAUUUACCAAGAGUGCACUAGGAAAUCCAUUUAUUUUACAGUGAUGUAUGUAUAAUCUUUUAUUUUCAGCUACGUUGUCAUGUAUAGCACUGUAAAUGUAUUUGAAGAGAUCCAGUAUCUCACUCAAAGACAUAUCAAGGAUGGACACAUUUGCUGUCAUGGUAAACCUUUGUGUUAUGGGACACUUAUUCACUUUUUCACACCAACAUCACUGCCUUCUCAGCACAUCAACCAACAAGAUUAGACUUAUGUACACUCUGCUUUGCCCGGGCCUGCCUUUGCCUCUCAAAUGUGAGAAUACAUACAAGCUCAGUGAUAAAGCUCAGUGAUAAUGACCCUAAAGGAAACUGUUAGCUGCAAAAGCCAUGCGUUAAAAAAACAAGUUAUGUUGUUGUAGAGUUUAUCUUGUAUCGCUUCAGAAGCUGGUCUGUAUUAGAAGACCCGCUCAAAAGAUUAACUUUGGUUUCGAGCAAAAACAAAAAUAUCGAAGGAAACAAAGAAAUUGUUCAGGCAUGUGUUGCACACAAAUCAAUCAUUAUUAUAAAACUCAUUACCAGCUAUGAAUGUGCAGAAAACACCAGUGUAUGCCUCUACAAGUGAUGGAUUUCCAGUGUUAUCACACUAAUAUGAUGACAUUUUCAUAAAUGCUCCACUCAUUGGGCUUGUGGCUCUUGUUCAUCCUGCACAUGUUCAUCCUGUGCAGCAGUUAAUAUGCACUUCAACAGAAACAUCUGGGGUUUCGUCCAUGCAUUGAACAAUGAUUACAUUUGUUCUCAAGCUGCAUUGGGAUAUGGAGGAUACAGAGGUUUACAAUUGACUCAAUCACCUUCCAUAUGAAUCUGCGUCAUGUAAUAAUCUCAGUUCCCUGUCCAGGAGACUCUGACGCUUCCUGUUCAGAAUAAUCAGAAUAAUUACGCAAAGGAAUAUCCCCAUGAAGCUAAUUGGCCUAUAUUUGGUUUGGAAUUUUCCAGUGUGUUACAUCCCACCCAACUGCCACUGGGGAGAGGAAAAUGGCAGAAUAACAAUUUAUUCUUUGUAAAGAGAAAAUAUGAUACAUUUCCACUCUCUUUAAGGCACGGUGUUUACGAGGAGUGCUUUUUGUGGUUCUGCCCUAGAGUUUCAAUAUUAAUGUUCAUUAGAACCAGGGGAGACACACAUGACAUCAUAAAUUCUGCAAACUCCAGUUUAUUGAUCCAAACAGUGUAAUCUUCAUAUAGACGAUGAUAGAAUGAUAGCUUCAUUAAGAGGUCAGUUAGAAUUGAAUUUGCCCUCUAGUCCAAACAUAUUGCAUAUUGAUCUCCAGCUUGAUUGUACGGACUGUGAAGGUUUGCUCACAUGCUUGAAUCCUGUCCAUUUGUAUAAGGAACAGGCUAUUUCAGCAGGCAAUUACACAAGAGAGUCCUGCAUUUACAAUUACUGUGUACAAGUACAUAAUGAUGUUGAAAAAUACUUUAUGAGGUCCAGAGAAUCUGGUGUUGCCAGCUGGCACCAUCUCUCUCACUUAAGUCACUAAUGCAUGGAAGUGAUUUACUGAUUGCCUCAUGAGCUGAGGAGUCACUUGAUGUCUUGAGAUUUUAAGACAAUAAGAGAUUGUUUACAAUAAAAAAACGUUUGAUCGUUUGAUAUUUUUGCAUUUUUGCUCAUGCUCAUAUUUUUCUACACCCUGUAAAACAAUGUUGUAGUAUUCAGAUGAUUACCUUAUGGCCCUGUGGAGAAAAAUAUUGUGCCAUAAUAAUAAUUUUGACCAUCUCUAUAGGUUAACUCUGUGGUAUCAGGAAUUCAAAGACUGGCCCAGCUACUGUAGUAAACUGAUAAGGUACAUGAUGGUUCUUUGCUGCAAUUUGGAGCUGCCAUCGAGCCAAGUCGCCUUGCAGGGCUUGUAGAGCAGUCUCUCAAGUCUAUUUAAAGAGUGCAUGAUGCGUAGCACAAGUGUACACAUAACAAUGGAAACAGGUUUGGCUCACCAGUCAUGGCUCCACUCAUGAAUGUUAAUACAUACCGGAUGCCUAUUAUAUGUCCAUCUUCUUAUCUUUUGUUCACAAUACGCCGCUGCUUUUGAAUGUUUAACAUUAACUCUUUAAAGUGAAAUGUCUCCAAACUCGCUAGCUACAUGCUUUCUACUGUUAUGCGCUGUACAUUUUGCAACCUUUUUGUUCCUUCAGAUAUCUUUGACAUCUGUCACAGAUGGGCUUACAUAACAUGUUGCUAAGAUGAAAAGAGAAUUAUCUACCUAACUAUCAAAGUGUCCUUUUGCUAUUUUAUGUCUUUGUCCUCUACUUGACUUGUCUCAGUUCAACAUACACCUUUGAUUCAUUUUGCAGCAGUGUGCUUGGCUAAUGUGGUGGUGUAAAGUUAUAAUUCCAUUAAAAUAUUUUACAGUGUUUUACAAGUAGUGUGCCUCCCGGUUGAACUGUGGUUAGGCCGAGCCAUAUAUGUAUAAAAUAUAUAAAAAAAUAAAAUAAAAUAAAAAAGAGGAAUGGAUGCGUUCUGGUGCAUUGUCUAAACUCAAACCAUGAAAACACUUAUGUCCGCUGGUUGGCUUUGUUGGCUUUAAUACUCUGCUUGACACUGCUUGUCCUU